CGGCACGGUAGUCAAAUUUUUGAAGUUUAAACGCCUGCGUACGUGUCGGUCCCUAUUUCGUUGACAUAAGUUAUACAUCGACAAACUUUUAGGAAAUUUCACCAUUUGCUGACUCAACGAAGAUGUCAAAAUCACUGUGGCAGCAUCCUUUUGUUAACGUGUUCAAGCAUUUUAAUGUUGGAGAAUGGAAGAAAUCCACCAAGGAAGGCGAGGUUAUGUCUGUGAUGGACAAGCAACUGAAGUGUACUGUGUAUAGAAUCAGUGGGUCAAUACCUGCAGGGAAUUAUAUACAGCUACCAAAAACAUCAACUCAAUCAUUGGGUCUUACUGGCAGAUACUUCUAUUUACUAUUCAAACCAGUACCUGGUAAAUACUUUGUUGUGCAUCUUGACAUUGCUACUAACGAUGGUCUGAUCGUCAGGAUAUCAUUCUCAAAUCUGUUUAAAGAAUUCAAGUCCACGUCGACGUGGCUACAGUUUCCGUAUAUCUGUAACCCCAUUAUGCCUCAUCAAAAGAUUGUUUCCAUUUCAGACCAUGAUGGUCCAGCACCGCCUGUAGUGAGAUGGACAUUAUUGAUGUUAGAUUUCCAGUACAUACUAUCAAUGUAUUUAAAUCGGAAAUAUUCCCAUCUGAAGAAUAUUAAACUGUGUUCCAAUAUGAUGGUGAAGAAUGUGUUUACUAGUGACAUGCAGUAUGAACCAGGAUUAUCACUGAAGACGGCCAAACGAUCUGGAAUGUUAGCUGGGGGUAUGGCGCCAGUACCCAAAGAAUUGGCAUUCUCAGUACCAAAACACCAUGACUGGCAUGACUAUUAUGAUCACAUAAGAUUCCCAAGCGAUGCGACAAAGGUUCCAUUUGAUUCAAUUCAGAUGUGUCGGAUAGAGCCACCUUCCAUAACUAGAAGUCCUAUUGGAACCAUGGCACCACAAAGAAUGUCACCAAAACAAGUACAUGUUAGCAGAGCUGUCAGUGACAGAGUGUCUCUCAUCAAUAAGCUCACAUCACCAAAAAAGCCACAUAGCAGAGUUAAAGUAGUUAAUGAAUUACCAGAAGUUGGUGUAAAUGGUGAUGCAUCAUCAGUUAUUGCAGGGUCAGAAGGUGAAGUUCAUGUCUUUGCCCAUCCAGAGGAUGAUGUAACGCUACACAGACAUGAUGAUCAAACAGGACUGGUCACUACUACUAAAUUAAGUGGACCAUCUAUGCGUAGAGAGAGGGAUUACAAGACUUUAAAACCUGAUCCUAUUCUGAGUCUAAAAAGAAUUGUAGGUUUUGGUGGAAGUACUUACAGAGAGGCUUUAUGGAGUAAAAAUGGGACAACAAUUGUCUACCCAUGUCAUGGUGUGAUUGUAGCGAUGGAUGCAUUUAAUGGACACCAACGAUUCUUUAUUGGACACACAGAUAAGGUGUCUGCAUUGACGUUCAAUGGUAGUACUACACUAUUAGCAUCGGCGCAGACAGGACGUCUUAGUGUGGUCAGAGUAUGGAAAUUCAAUACUGGGGAAUGCCUUGCUAUGUUUAAAACACAUGUUCAUUCUGUCUUCUCUCUUAGUUUUUCACAUACUGGUGGUGUUCUUUGUGGAGUUGGAAAAGAUGGUCAUGGUAAAAAUUUAGUUGUAGUAUGGAAUACAUCACGUGUAAAUAGAAGUGGUGAGGUGACUGUCAUGGCUAAAGCCCAUACAGAUGUUGACAUUGUUAGAAUGAAGAUUGCCAACUUUGAUGAUACACGGAUGGUAUCAUGUGGUCGUGAUAAUGUACGCUUAUGGCGUGUACGGAAUGGUUCUCUGCGUUCUGCACCCAUUAAUCUGGGAGAGUAUCAUACAGCCGACUUCAAUGAUGUAUGUUUUGAUGCCUCCUUCCAACCAACUCAAGAUCCAGCAGAUAGAAUCAUAUAUGCUUGUACCAAGUCUGGUCAUAUAUUUGAAAUAGACUAUGCAAGAGUAUCAAUUAUUCGUGUCAGAAGACUACUUCCUGUGGAUAAGAAUAGGAAAGAGAAAGGUACAUUCCAUACAGGAGUUGGAAUUGCUAUUAAUUCUAUUUGUGUGAAUCAGUCAUACUGUGUCACUGGUUCAGAUGAUGGAUAUCUUAGACUCUGGCCUUUGGAUUUCUCCAGUGUUUUCCUAGAAGCUGAACAUGAAGGCCCAGUAUCAGCUGUUGAUAUCACAGUGGAUGGUUUACAAAUACUAGCUGGAACUGUGACUGGCAAUAUUGGUGUCUUAGAUAUAUCAACUAGAAAAUACACAACGAUAAUGAGAUCCCAUACAGAUACAGUCCUUUCUGUCACUGUGGAUCCAUUACGGAGACAUAUUGCUACUAUAUCUAAUGAUCAUACUAUUAGAGUCUGGGAUCUGGAUACUUUACAACAGUUGUACGAUUUCAAUGCACCUAAAGAAUGUCCAUGUGCUAUCAUCUAUCACCCGUCUUCACAAGUAUUUGCUUGUGGAUUUGAUAGUGGGUGUGUCAGAGCUUUUAAUGUCUCCACAACAAGUCUGCUAGCAGAGCACAGGCAGCACCGUGGUAAAGUUACUGGUCUUGUUUACUCACCAAAUGGCAACUACUUGUACAGUUGUGGUGCUCUGGGAUCUAUAGCACUAUAUGAUGUAGAGAGUGGUUAUCAGAUGAUGCGGUUGCUUGGCAACACUGUUUGUAAAGGAGAAGGGUAUGGACCUGAUGCCAUCACUGUGAGUGGGGAUGGACAGCAUUUAGCAUUUGUUGGACCCACUGAGUUUACUGUUAGCAUUGUAGAUGCAAGAUCAUUGGAUGAGGUUGUACGUGUUGAUAUCACAUGUAUAAACUCAGGAAUUGAACGUACAACGUUGGAUACUGCUGUUAAAGUUUGUUAUGCACCACAUAAAACAAGACAUUUACUGGUUGUGACGUCAUCUUCCAGGUUGCUCAAACUAGAUUCCCGAACUGGAAGGCUCUUGAGUGAGAUAUCUAACAUACAUCGAACUGGCUGUACAUCUUUGGAUGUUUCCCCUGAUGGCAGGCAUUUAUCCACAGCUGGUGAUAAAGUAGUCAAAGUAUGGGACUAUCAUAUGAGACUGGAUCUCAAUUUCCAGGUGUUCAUAGGCCAUUCUGAGAAUUUGAAGAAACUUUGCUUUACACCUGAUAGCUUGGCAUUGAUUAGUGUUGGUGAAGCUGUAUUUUUAUGGGAUUUCUAUGGUACUGGUAGAGAUGAAGUACUUCCCGUGGAAGGUAGAUCGCCACAAAAGAGUUACAUUAAUACCAGAACUAAUGCGGAAGAUGACAAACCUACAGUUUUUAAAAGUCCUAAACGACGUAGUUUGGAAAUGAAUGCAUGGAUACCAAGGCAAGGAGUCCCUAGACCAGCCUCACCAGUACUCAUUACGGACAUGAGUGAUAUGAAUGGUACACAUGAACAAGAUGAUUUACAAGAUGAAGUGUUGAUUGGACCAGAGUUGGAUGAGAGAAGUGAUGAUGAAGUAUCAACAAAUGCCAGUGAUAUUGAGCCAGAACCAAACCAACCCAUCGAGACACUUGGUUCCAGUUCCAGAGUAAAACAACACAGAAAACUAAGAUCACCAGAAAAAGUGAUGGCACCCUCAGCAGAAUCGCCUGGUAGACCACAUGCUGUACCCAAACCAACAGUUUUGAAACAUUUCAGACAACGUGAAACACAGUCUCAAAUGGCACAGAGACGAUACACCGCCCCACCUAACCAGAGUGGUCUGAGGUUGAAAUCUGUUAUUGGUUUUAAUGGUAAUGGACGUGGCAACAUGGUGUGGCACCCUGAUACAGGAUUGUUUGCAUAUACUAGUGGCUGUAUUAUUAUAAUAGAAGAUUUACAUGCUAAUACCCAAAGACACUUUACAGGUCACAUAGAAGAGAUAUCAUGCCUAGCAUUACAGUAUGAUGCCCAAGUAUUGGCAUCGGCAUCCGGUGCUCAAGGACUGACCAGCAGUCAGAUAUGUUUAUGGGAUGUCCAAGCUGGUUUAUGUAAAAAGGUGCUAUCUUAUCAUGAAUAUGAUGUUGUUUGUCUGGCGUUCUCACGAGAUGACAGGUUUCUGAUAUCUGUGGGUGAUUACCGUGAGUGUUCCAUAGUGGUGUGGAAUACAGUAGAUUACAGUGUUGUUGCAAAUUCCAAGACUGCAUUACCAAUACAUGAAUUGUAUUGGGAUCCUUACUCAUCUAAUGAGUUUGCAUCUGUUGGAUCUAGAGGUACUGUCUUAUUCUGGUUGUUAGAUGAGACACAGCAGCGAUGUAGUCUUAAUGUUCAUGAAGCUGAUGUACCUGACGAACUUCUUAGUACAAAGCAGAUGGUUAUUGGUGAUGUUGAGUUCACAUGUUUGGUGUAUGGAGGUGAUAGUGUAAUGUAUGUGGGUACCAAUACUGGUGUUUUAUCAGCUUGGGAUACAAGACAUAAUACAUGCUUUAUGCAUUGGGAUGCCGAUACUGCUGAAAUUACAACCGUGUGUUGUAAGUUUGGAAGUAGUCGUUUAGUAACUGGAAGUGCAUCAAGGAAUUUGAGACUAUGGUCUGUAUACGGUGUUGGUGAAAUGAGCACUCCUGGUAAAGGGUUAGUGAUGGAAGACGAGAUGACGUUAGAUGGAGCAAUUACGUGUGCAAGUUUUGAUGACACCAUGGAUAUGGGUAUAGCUGGAACUACUGCUGGUACACUGUGGUACAUCAAUUGGAUUGAAAGAACAUGUAUACGCUUGGUCAGCAGUCACAUGAAUCAGGUUAAUGGUAUAAUAUUUAGUGAGAAUGAACAACACUUUGCUAGCUGUUCCAGUGAUGGCAGCUUAAAAGUAUGGACUGUUGGUGCUAUGGAUCUCACUCUUCAAUUCCAAGUAUCAGACCAGAGUUGUAACUGUUUGGCUUUUAGUGGUAGCAAUGAUCAGUCAGUAGCAUGCGACUCUAAUACGAGUGUUAUGCAGAAGAUUGUUGCUGGUUAUGGUGAUGGUACUGUUAGAAUGUUUGAUUUGAAUAAAGUGGAAACAAUUCUAAAGAUGCAUCCACAUCAUGUUGCUGUUACUGCCAUUACUUUCUCAUCCGAUGGUCAUGUUAUCUUAUCUGGUGCUAAAGAUGGUAUUAUUGCUAUAAGUAGUCCUACUACUGGCAUGACAAUCAGAGUAAUUAAUGACCAUAAAGGAGCACCUAUUACUGAUUUAAAUGUGACACAUACACAGUCAUCUUACAAGUUAUUACCACCAAGUCUAGCCAGAUUCUCACCAAGUGAACCUGAUAUCAUUAUAUAUAGUGGUUAUGGGAUGCAGAAACAUAUUCAGUUUUACAGCAUGUCGCAGAGAAGGGUAAUUCGUACAGUUGCAUUGACUCAUUGGGCAACUGAUUUGGAUGUCUCCCCUCAAGGGCAUGUCAUUGCUACUGGAGCUAGUGAGCGUUUAGUCAAACUAAUUGACUAUUAUGAGGGAAGUUUUCAAGACUUCACAGGCCACAAUGAUGCUGUUCAACUAGUUGCUUUCUCUCCAUCUGGAAAGUUGUUGUUUACUGCUGGUUACAAUGAGAUUAUUGCAUGGGAAUUGGUAGUGUAAACGUUAUUGUAAAAUGGAAUAGUCUCUAAUAAAAUAUUCCCUAAUAUAUGGAGAGAUAUUCCAUAAUACGUACAAUCAGAUAGGUAGCCAAUGAUAUCCCAUAUUAUGUACAGACAGGCUGUCUAAGAUAUCCCAUAAUAUGUACAAUCAGACAGAUCACUCAUGAUA